AUGUCCAGAGCUGACUGGACCUUUCUGGAGCACCUGCUGGAAGAGGGCCAGGAGUAUUCAACGGGCAUCGGCCGCGUCUGGCUCACUGUUCUCUUCCUGUUUCGUAUGCUGGUGCUGGGCACGGCGGUGGAGUCGGCCUGGGACGACGAGCAAAGGGACUUUAUUUGUAACACGUUACAGCCGGGCUGUACCGAAGUCUGCUACGACAGAGCCUUCCCCAUCUCCCACUUUCGCUAUUUUGUCCUCCAAGUCAUCUUCGUUUCCACGCCGACCAUCUUCUACUUUGGAUACGUGGCCAUACGUUCACGGAAGGAAGAAGAGGCCAAAGAGGAUGGCAAGCAGGUGGAAAAAGGUCAGACAAAGGGCAUGGCGGAAAGGGAUGCCAAAAAUAUGCCGGAGGAUAAAGAAAAGCUCAGCAAGGGGAGCGUCGCCAAGAGGAGCCAACCGAACACUCCGAAGCUGAAAGGCAGGCUGUUAUGUGCGUACGCGUUCAGCAUCCUUCUAAAAGUUAUUCUCGAGGUGGGCUUCAUCUUGGGACUGUGGUUCCUUUACAACGGCUUCCAAAUCGAAUCCAAGUUCGAGUGCGUCGGUUUCCCCUGCCCUCACACGGUGGACUGCUUCGUCUCCCGCCCCACGGAGAAGACCAUCUUCACCAUCUACACUCAGGCCAUCGCCGCCGUCUCCCUACUGCUCAACCUCAUCGAGCUCCAUCACCUGCUUCACCUUGCAAUUUCACAUCGGCUGAAGAAGCGUUACCGCUCUCAGGCGCGAGUGUACCGACUGCAGCCUGAGCGGACGGCGGAGGCCUCGCCGGACGUUCCGGCGCCCCGAGAGGAGACGGCGGAAUUGUACGACGGGGGCCUACCGCUGCCAAACGAGGCUACGGCCAUUUCGGUGGACUGCGGACCGGCCAAUGCGGGACACGACGUCCUCCCGAGCUAUACCAACUGCAUGGAGGCUAUGCAUACAUCACGUCCACCCAGGAACCACUACACACAAAAGACAAAGAACAACCUCAGGGGUGUCCCAAAACAGAAGCACUAUGUCUGACUGAGACUCAAUGAAAGCUAUUUUGUUAUUUUCCGAAACUCUUUGUUUGCACAUGACACUGGAGUAAAAGAGGUGGCCAAUAGGAGCCGGACUCAAAGACAAGAGCGGCAUUGUGUGCAAAGCGGCUAAGAGGCAGUGAUGCACUUCAAACAUUGGACUGAUAACCGAAUUCGUAGAACGCGCUUCAAGGCGAGCACAAAUUUUACGGUCACGAGAUAUUUUCUUAUAUUAUCUUGAAUAUGUUUGUGGGAAAACAAAUAUACUGUGUUGAGGGCACCGGAUGUUAUGUUAGUACCGUAAUUUUCGGACUAUAAGUCGCACCGGAGUAUAAGUCGCACCAGCCAUAAAAUGCCCAAAAAAGUGAAAAAAAAACAACAUAUAUAUGUAUAUAAGUCGCUCCUGAGUAUAAGUCAAAAAAACUAUGAAAAAACCCGCGAUUUAUAGUCCGAGAAUUACGGUAGUUAAAAGAGCAGUAAAGUGGGAUAAAUAUAAAUAUAUUCCCUUGAGGUCCACUCCAUCAUCCUUGGAGCUCCUCUCGGGGCGCUUAAUGGAAUGUUCUGGUCUCGGUGCUUCUCCCAUAGGGAUAAUGGCCAGCUGUGCGGAUACAUGCUUGUACGCACGUACUGUAUUUUUCCUUGGAUGGGGGUGGGAUAAGGAUAUCCCAGAGGGUCCCCAAAACAAGAAAAAAAGACAAAUCCUAAGUUUCUUCAAAAACCGCUGCAAAAUAAAUUCACAAUGUAUUUAUAGUAAAAAGUUGUAUUUAUUGUACUGAGGAGUUAGAAUAAAUUGUCACAAAUGAA